UAACAUUGUUUAAGAUAUAAUUAUAAUUGAGAACAACGACUAACUUUUGUUUAUGUUAGUUUCUUAUGCAUUCUAUGAAAUUUUAAAGAAACACUGGUAUUUCAAAGAUAAAAACUUCUUAUCAGUGGUUGAAAUUGUAAUUCACUUACAUAUUCGUUUGAAGUUGUUAAUGUACACACAAAAGGUAGGAUUUUGCUAACCUUUUUCUUUCCUACAUUAUGUCCACAAUAAGCUUACCUUGCCAGGCCCCAGGAUGCAAUGUCGUCAUUGAAGGUCCCAGCGAAGCAAUUGCAAUUGCAUUAUUCAACAGUCACCAGCUUCACCAUCCUCCAAACUCGAUUGACACUCAUUCAGCCUUCUCAAAACACAAGGCACCUAAAAUGGAUCGCCCCCACAUCGGUCAGGAUAUCUCAGAAGAAGAGUGGGCAAACUUUAUUAGUCGCUGGACAUUGUUUAAGAGAUGUACAGACAUCAGACAAGAAGAGAUGACAGCACAGCUGUUUCAGUGCUGUGAGGACGACCUUGGAAAUCAACUCCUAAAAGAAAAUCCCAUGAUAAUUAAUGAAAACGAUGAGGCAUUUCUAAAAGCAAUGAAAAAACUGGCCGUUAUCCCAGUAGCCACUUGCGUCAGAAGAGCAGAACUCCUUCAAAUGAGACAGGGACACAACGAAAGUAUUCGGUCAUUCUAUGCAAAACUGAAAGGCAAGGCUGCUACUUGCAACUACACUGUUCAAUGCCACUGCCACCCACAAACAACUGUUGAUUUUACCGAUGUUAUCAUACGAGACAUUGUUGUUGCUGGGCUAUCAGCUACUGACAUCCGCAAAGACGUACUUGGAUGGGUCUCCCUUGACACAGCCUCCGUCACAGAUAUCAUUGCUUUUAUAGAGGGUAAAGAAAUGGCACGAAAUGCACUAGGCUGUAGUUCAACAACAGCAAGUGUAUCAACUUUCAGGAAACAAAACAAGAGCAAUACACAGAGUAGUAAAGGGACCAAUAUAACAGCCAAAUGUCCAGAUUGCUCAGAAUCUUACAGUUUAUUUACAGAAACAUCCAGAGGAUGGAACAAAAAACCCCACAAGCUGUGUCUAGACUGUUGGAAGAAGCUCAGAUCUCGCACUUCUAAAAUUAACAACAGAAUCAUCCCAAAUGAUAAGAAAUCGAAUGCAACCAAAGAUGCUGAGGCAGGCGGACUUGUGUUAAAGUUAAGUGCAAUUGAGCAUUCAAAUAAAAAAAUUAGAUCACAAAUGAAGACCAAUGUGAAACGACCAUGCACAGGAAUAAACCAUCACAUAUUUACCCAUGAUGGAUGGGCCACAGCUCAAUUGCUUGUUCAUCCUACAAUUCAGCUGCGUGUGACUACUAACAAAUCAGACUAUGUCGCAUUUGGUAUUCCAUUUCCUCCUAUUAUACCAAAAUAUAUACAAGUUAUUACAGAUACCGGUGCACAGUCCUGCUUAUGGUCUAGGAAAGGGUUUGACAGUGCAGGCUUUAAUGCAAACAAUUUAAUACCUGUGAAACAUAGCAUGUCGGCCGCAAAUAAAACCCAAUUUCGUAUAGAUGGUGCAAUUCUUUUACGUCUCGAAGGACGACAACCUAAUGGACACAAAGUUGAAUGUGCAGUAAUGGUUUAUAUAAGUCCAGACGCAAACGGAUUCUACCUAUCUAAAGAAGCAAUGACCCAACUGGGUAUCAUCUCUAAGGACUUUCCAGAGAUAGGCAGUGCCCUCCACGGAGCUAUUAACUCAGGCCCUAUAACUAUAGGGACCAAAACAUCCAGUGAAAAUAAUAGCUCACACGUGUGCAAUUGCCCCAAAAGAAGUCUCCCAGCAGGUACACCCACCAAACUUCCAUUUGUCUGCUGUCCUGAAAACAACGAACGGAUGAAAGCGUGGCUCCUUGAAAGAUACUCUGCUUCAACAUUCAACACAUGUCCACACCAGAUUUUACCUGAUAUGGAGGGACCUCCAAUAAGUAUUUUAAUUCAAGAAAAUGCCAAACCAGUUGCAGCAUUUACUCCAGCCACCAUACCAAUCCAUUGGCAAGACCAGGUGGAAAAGGAUUUAAUUCGUGAUGAAACUCUUGGAGUCAUUGAAAAGGUACCUCUAGGAGAACCUACAACAUGGUGUCAUAGAAUGGUUAUCACACGUAAGCAUGACGGUGGGCCUCGUCGCACUGUUGAUCUAUCUCCUCUAAACAAGUACUGCUACAGAGAAACUCAUGCAAUGAAAUCGCCUUUCCAACUAGCUCGUUCAGUCCCAAGAAAUUCAUGGAAAACUGUAACCGACGCAUGGAAUGGUUAUCAUAGCAUCCCGAUACGGGUUGAAGACAGGAAUCUUACCACCUUCAUUACUCCUUUUGGGCGCUACAGAUACAUCCGAGCUCCUCAAGGUUUUGUAUCUAGUGGGGAUGGCUACAACAGACGUUUCGACGAAAUUUUAGCAGACUUUAUUGGCAAACAAAGAUGUGUAGAUGACACCAUCCACUACGAUGACGACCUAGUCAAACAUUGGUGGCGGACAAUCGAAUUUCUUGAGCUUGUUGGCAAAGCUGGGAUCAUUUUGAACCCACAAAAAUUCCAAUUUGCUAAAAGAAUAGUGGAUUUUGCAGGUUUCAGAAUAUCUGAAAAUGGAGUUGAACCACUACCUAAAUAUAUCGAUGCCAUGAAAUUGCUAACACACGACUUUUCCGACUAAAACAGAGAACUUUGCCAUGGAAAUUUACCAUCCAACAUCAACCUGGAAAAACAAACCUGG